CGUUCCUUUGGAUCCCGCUGUCCCGCGCCAGCCAAGACGGAGAGGAUGGGGAGAAGCCCCGCCGCCGCCCAGCCGGCCAGGCUUCGCCCGGCGGCGCUAUGGACGGCGGCGAGGAGAGGGAGAGGAGGAGGAGACUCGAGGGGUGGCGGCUAGGGUUUUCCCCGUGGGUCGCCCCCGCGGGCGACGCGACUUCGAUCCUUCCUUUGGAUUAGUCUUAUCGGCGGCCACCGAUGCUCUGCAUCCCACCAUACCAGGUUACGAAGGCAGGCCCCCGGGUACGCAACGGGAGCGGUGAUUUCUCCGGGGGGUAUUUUCUACCACCAUCUCCGGCUUUACCGGACUGGGGGCUGGAACCUGCCGCGUCGAGUUGGAUCCGUCUAGAUCUUACUACCGAUGCACGCCAGGAACACCAUCUUCAUCUUCACCCACGCGAGGAACGUGAACCAAAGAAGUCAAGAAAUAAUGUUGAACCCGAAGUGACCACAAUUAUGAUCUGGAACGUGCCCCACUCUGCCUACUGUGAGGACCUGAGGAGCAUCUUUGAGGGAGUCAAUGGGAUCGUUGCUGUUUACUACAGUAGUUUGAGACGUAUUAUGCUUGUGGAUUUUGUGACCAGGCAAGCUGCACGCAAGGCUCGCAAUUUGCUGAGGGACAAUCGGGCGAUGAGCAAUUGGCUGAGGAAUUACUCACUCAACACUGCAUUCUUUCACAAUAAGAAGUAUGUCUUUGACAGAUAUUCGUCAUUGCCUUGGGCAAGGUCUGGAACUUCUGUAUGCAUUCAUGGCCUUGAUUCAUCUCUCCAUGUUGACGAGAUAAGAACAAUGCUUGCAGGACACUUCGGCCCCAACAAUGAAGGAAUUAGAAUUCCAACAAAUUUAGAUGGUUCGAGCAUUGGGAAAGCUUACAUAAAGUAUGGGAGCUGGUGUUAUUUUUCAGAAGCACUCAAUUUGAAUGGUUCAAACCUUGGAGGGCAAAAGUUGAUGGUCACUGAAUGUGAUGGGGGCAGUAGAUUCUGGGAUGGCCAUAUCUCUCCUAAUGGGCCUGGUACAGGGAAGAGGAAAGUUUUUGAACAAUGAAUGGUUGGUGAUUGAAUAAUUGAAAGCUGCGUACAAUUACCUGAACCAGUGUGCAACAUGCAUCAUAAUGUACCUGAACCAGUGUGCAACAUGCAUCAUAUUGUCACAAAUAUCCGUAUUGUCGGGUGGCUUAGUUGUAACUCUGCAACCUUUGCAAUUUGACUGCUGUUAUCACAUACAUUGCUUUUGUCUGGUGGUGCUUGAAGAUAUCUAAUUCUCUGAUGUGCCGUUUGUGGUCGGUUGCCUUCU